AUGCUCCAAACCGGAAAAACUCCAUCCAGGCUUGGGCCGGAGAACCCCCCACAGGGACCGGUGAAACUCCACCAGAAGACCGAGAAACCCCUCCAGAAGGACCUGGUGAAACCCCUCCAGAAGGACUGGGACGGAAACCCACCAAAAGGGCUGGUGAAACCCCUCCAGAAGGACCGGGUAAACCCCAUCAAAGGACGGGUGACUCCUCCAAAGGCUGGAAAACCCCCUUCAAAGGGACCGGGUGAAACUCCACUAGAAAAAAUGAUGAAACCCCUUUUCGAAGGACCUGGUGAAAUCCUCCGAAGGCCCGGACCUGGAAAACUCCACCUAAAGGGACCGGAAAAAACCCCUCCAAAAGGGACGGGAGAAACUCCCCCAGAAGGACCUGGAGAAACUCCCCAGAAGGAGGAGAAACUCCCCCAGAAGGCCUGGAAAACUCCUCCAAAAAGGACCGGGGAAAACCCCACCAAAGGACCUGGAGAAAACUCCACCAAAGGGCCGGAAACUCCCCCGAAGGCCCUGGAGAAACCCCACCAAAAGGACCGGGGAACCCACCAAAAGGGGACCGGGCCCGGGAAAAACCCCUCCAAAGGACCGGAAAGAAACCCCCCCAAAGGACUGGAGAAUCCUCCAAAAGACCUGGAGAAACUCCCCCAGAAGGACUGGAAAACCCCCCGAAACAGGGAAACUCCCCCAAAAGGACCUGGCCCGGAAAACCCCUCCGAACCGGGGAAAACUCCACCAAAGGCCCGGGAAAACUCCCCCAAAGGGACUGGUAAACUCAACCGAACCGGGAGAAACCCCCAAAGGACCUGGACCUGGAGAAAUCCCCAAAGCCCGGCCCGGGAGAAACUCCAAAAGGGCCCUGGAAAAACUCCCCCAAAGGCCGGAAAAUCAAAAGGCCCUGGAGAAUCCCCAAAGGACCUUUUUAAACUCCUCCAAAGGACCGGGAGAACUCCCCCAGAAGGGACCGGGAGAAACCCCCCAAAGGACCUGGAGAAACCCCUCCAGAAGGACCUGGAAAAAACUCCAGAAGGACCGGAAAACCCCACCAGAAGCCCUGGAAAAAACCCACCGAAAACCGGGAGAAACUCCUCCAAAAGGACCUGGAGAAACCCCCCAAAAGGACCGGGAGAAACUCCACCAAGGCCUGGAAAAACCCCCUCCAGAAACCGGAGAAACUCCCCCAAAAGGGACCUGGCGGGUGAAACCCCCAGAAGGACCGGAGAAACUCUCCAAAAGGACCAAAACUCCACCAGAAGGCCGGAAAAACCCACCAAAGGCCUGGGAGAAACCCACCAGAAGGCCGGGGAAAAAAUCCCCAAAGGACCAGACCGGGAAAAUCCUCCAAAGGCCCUGGAGAAACCCCUUUCCCAAAAGGACCGGGGAAAAACUUUCCAGAAGGACCUGAUAACACUCCGAAGAACCGUGGAUGGUCGACCCCAGAGGGACCUGUAA